GCGUUAUACGCAGCCACUUCCUCUCAUUAUGUAAACAGUCAAGAUGGCGGCUUCCUGCGGGCUUCGCGCGCUCCUCGGUCAGAGUGUGAGCUGCUUCAGGUGUCCCGGUCACCUGAGACGGAUCUCCGCGUCACUCAGGUCCAUCGUUGAACCCGUCCGCCAUCACGCCGUCUCUGUGGUGGGAAAACGCUCGGCAUGCUGGGUAAACCCGGGACCUGAGUCCAGCAGGAGAACCUUCCAGAACCCAGCGGGUGGAGGAGCAGCGCUGUGGGCAGCAGUCGCUUUUUCUCUGUUCGGAUCCGGAGAAGAUCAGAGAGACGAAGCUCAGAGGAAGGAGGACGAGAUGGUCCUGCUGCUGAAGAAGGCCAAGCUCAGCAUGCAUCGAGGUCAGCUGCAGGCCGCCUCCGGGUUCCUUCAUCAGGCCAUCGUUCUGGCUCAUCAGAACCACAACAACCAGGCCAUCAUCUACACCUACAGCCUGAUGGCGAACUUGGCGUACGUUCAGGGUCAGCUGGACAGUGCAGAGAAGCUCUUCAAAGCAGCAAUGAGCUUCAUGCUGGCUGGAGGAACUCCUCAGGAUGACAACGCCGUCAUCGAGAUGUCUCUGAAACUGGCCACCAUCUACGCUGAGCAGAACAGGGCGGAGCUGGCGGAACACGGCUUCAGGUUCUGUACGGAGUCUCUGGAGGCCAAACUGGAGAAAUACAAGGAGCUGCAGGAAGACGAGCAGACAGAAGAGCAAGAGGUUCUGAGGAAGGAGACCCGCCUCCUGCUGGGUCUCUGUCUGGACUCCAGGGCUCGGUACCGGGCGGCAACUCUGCACCUGAAGCAGGCAGGACAGGACUACCUGGAUGCCCUGAACAUCUGCCGCCAGGAGCAGGGAGAGACACACCCACAGACUCUGGUGCUGAUGAGCGACCUGGCCACCAUCCUGGACCUGCAGGGUCGCCAUGACGACGCCCUGGUUCUGGUCCAGCAGGCAGUGGACCUGAGCCGCUCCGCCGGACACCCGGACCAACACGUGCUGCUGGGAAACCUGGCCGGCAUCCUGCUGCACACAGGACGGAUGGACGACUCGGUCCGGUUCUACCAGGAGGCUCUACAUCUGGCCCGGCAGGCUGGAGACCAGGAGGCCGUGGAGCGCAUCCAGGAGGGGCUGAGGGAGGUGAAGAAUAGGAGGAACCAGGAGAGGACAGAGGACGGGAAGGAAGCUGCACCGUGACCCAGGAGGACCAGAGUCCAGGGAAGCCUGAAGACCAGAACCAGGACCGGGUCUGGUCUGCAGUGUCUGCCUCCCAUCUGCAGAGUCCACAUGUGACCCUGACUUAGACCCAGUUUGUGUCCAUUUCUGUGUUUUUGUGUCUUCGUCCUUCAGAUGUCCACCAGGAGAACUGAGACCAGGAGACCCGACCCAGACUGUCCUGAGUCCAGAACCGUCCCGUUCAUUUUCGAGGUUCUGUUAAAUCCAGCUCAUAUGAUGCGUGUUUGGAGAUACGAUGUUCUAAUGUUCUGCUGCAGGUUCCCACGCUGGGGAACUUCCUGUUGUGUUGACUGAAGCCUUCAGAAUAAAAGCUCAGUGAUGACAGUAAA